AUGUGUGCUGUUUACAUACAUUCAAAAAAUAUGCUUGUGGGUAAUAGUAAUAUUAAUAUUCAAAAUGAUAAUGUUGAUAUGUUAAUUUAUAGUUACUAUCAAUUAAUGGAUCCUUUAAGAGAUUAUGAAAGAAAAUUGUUUUGGAUUUUUUUAUACAAUAGGAAGAGAUGUAUUAAUGAUGUGUCGUAUCAAAAUAUUACGAAAAUUUUAUUAUAUGAUGAUAAGUUAUACAUGUCCAUAUAUAAUACAAAUGUAUUAUUAUAUAUGAGGAAAAAAAAAUAUAUAUUAUAUGCUAUUACAAUUUAUACUUAUGUAUAUUCUAUUUAUUAUUUAUUGUUACAUGUAUUUGGAUUUGUUAAAUCAAUUUUGGAGAGCCAAAUUAAUGUGCAAUUUUAUAAAGGAAUUCAUAAGAAAAAAUAUAAUGAAUAUUGUUAUAGUUAUAUAAAGUACAAUGAAAAUUCAAUAUGUGAAGAGGGUGUGAAAGACACGAAGAAAAAAAAGUACAAUAUAAUUAUUAAACAAAUUAUAAAUAUGUAUAAACUUAUAGAAUUUAAUGUAACACCUUAUGUGGAAAUAAGUUGUGUAAGAUAUGAAUUUUAUAAUACAUUAACAUUGUUUAUUAUGUUGUGGUACAGUCAUAAUAAUGAUAAUUUUAUGAAAAAAGAAUUCACACAUUAUCGAUAUCUUAAAGAAAUUGAAAAAAUAAUAGAACAUUUUAUAUACAAAUAUGAAAAACCAAUUUUUAAAUAUUUAAAAUGCAAAAAGGUAGAUAACGUAAAUAUAUUUUUUUCUUAUCCUCUAAAUAAUAAAAACAAACGACAUGCUUAUAUCUUAAGAUCUAUAUGUAUAUAUAUUAUUGAAAGUCAAUGUUUCAAAUUUUUUCAUUUAAAUAAUUAUAUAUUAAAACGUAAUUAUUUGAAAAAGGCUCAUAAAUUUUUCUUAUCACUUCAAAAAUUAUUAAAACAUUUUAAUGAAUGUUUAAAAUAUUUCAUAUCAUUUCUGUUCCCUAAUAAAAAGUUUAAUGUUUUUAUUGAGUUUUCAUCUUAUAAUUUUACUGCUUUCUCUUUAAAUUAUAUUAUAAUAAAUUGUUAUACAUUACUUUUUCGAAUUAUUUUAUAUUUUUUUAAGAAUAAUAUCAAGAGAAUAUGUAGGUAUAUUAAAUACUAUGCCUUGAUGGAAAGGCUUAAUAUUAUUAAUGUGUGUUAUAUAAGAUUAUAUGACAAGAUGAAUAAAAGAUCUGAUCCUUUAGUACAGGUUUAUUCACACGUGCAUAUACAUACGUAUGAAUAUGUUUUAGAACAUUGUUUGAAUGUAAAACAUAUAAUAAGUUAUAAUAAGGAAUCACUAUAUAAAAAAAAUAUAAAUAAUAAUAAUAAUCAUAAUAAUAAUAAUAAUAAUAAGUGUGGUAAUAAUAAUUAUAGUAAUAGUAAAGAAAAUCGCUACAACUAUAAUGAUAAGAAUAAAAAUGAUUCUAAGGAUAUUUUACAAUUUUGCAGCUUCAAUAAAAACAGUUAUAAUAAUCGAAAAGAACAAACGAAUAAUGAACAAGACGACGACGAUGAUGAUAAUAAUAAAAAAAAAAAAAUUUCAAAAUACGAAUCAGAUGACAAACAAUUUUUAAUAGUGAAAAGAAAAAAUGUUAAAGUUAAUGAUAAUAAUCUUUUAAAAGUUAAAAAAAAAGUUAUUAAAAAAAAAAUUGAAAAAAGAAAGAAAGGUUAUAGUUUUAAUAUAGGUUGUGAAAAAUAUAAUAAUCAAAUAAAAAAAAAUAUGAAGACAUAUAAUAAUACAAGAACAUUUUAUAUUAAUAUGAAUGAAUAUAAAAAAGUUAUAUUAAAAAAGUUAAAAUUUAUGAAUAAAAGAAUAAAUAAUUAUUUCAUUAAAGACAGAAAUAUUUUUACUAAUAAAUAUAGGUCUAAAAAAAGAUAUUUUACUAAAAUAUUAAAAAAAAAAAAAUAUUUAUAUACUUAUGAAUCAAAUAAAAAGGGUAAGAAGAAUGUUUAUUUAAAUGAACAAUCGUUUAAAAAUAAAAUGUUGAGAUCAUUAUUUUAUAUUAUUAAAUAUAAAAAUAUUUGUGAUAAUUUGAUAAAUAUAAAUUAUCAAGUUUAUGACUUAUUGAAUAAAGAUGGAAUAAAAAAUUUUAAUUAUAUAGAGGACAAUAGAAAUUUGAAUCGUAUUAAUGAAUAUAAACAAUUUUGUUUGAAUGAUUAUAAUGAUUGGACAGCAUAUACAAAAAAUGAAAUUUUAAAUUAUAUAUCUGAUUAUUUGUAUGAAUCACAUGAAUAUAAUGAUUUUGAAAGUUUAAAGAAGAUGUUACAAAGAAUAUUUUCUUGUGAUAUGGAUACUUCUUAUAAUAAUAAUAAUAAUAAUAAUAAUAAUGAAAUUAUAAAUUUGAAUAAUAGUUAUUUGGAUAAUCAAAAUAAAUAUAAUACAUCAAAGACAUCAUUUAAUAGUAGUAAUAAGCAUUGGUUUGUUUAUAAAAAAAGUAUUAAGGAAGAAAAGAAAUAUUAUAUACCUUUGAAUAAUGUGAUGAAUAACAAAGUGAAUGGAUGUUAUAAUACAAAUGAUUAUGUUAAUUGUAUAAAUGGUGAUAUUACAGAAAAGAUGAACGUUCCUAAUGUGAAGACAUUAGACAAAGUUGUAAUUGAUGAUAAUAAUGAUAAUAAUAAUAAUAAUAAUAAUAAUAAUAAUAAUAAUAAUAAUAAUAAUAAUGAGGUUGAUAAAAAUAAAAAAGGGUUACAGAAAAAACAAAUAAUAUAUAUAGAUGAACAUGUGGAAGAAGAUACUGUUCACAUGUUAAAGUUACAAGAAAAGAAUUUAUGUAAAUAUUUUCAAGAAAUCCAAAUUGGAUUAAUAAGAUAUAUUGAUUGUUUACUAAAACGUUACAUUAAAAAUUUAAAUCACGAUAAAUAUUUAAAUAUAUUUUAUAAAGAUACAUAUAAUAAUAAUAAUAAUAAUAAUAAUAAUGAUAAUAUCGAUAAUGAUAAUAUGUUAGGGGUCUUAUAUAAUUUAUUUACAUCCAUUAGAAUUGAUGAUAUGAAUAAGUGUAAUUAUGAAACAUUUCAAAUUGUAUUAAAUAAUAAAAUAGUAGAUAUAAUAAAUAUUUUAGAUAAAUUAAAGACAUAUACAACUCACGAAUAUAAGAGUAUGAAUUGUUCAUGUAGUUUGAAAGAACAUGGAAAUCUAUUUAAUCAAAAUGUAAAGUAUAAAAAUUUUUUAAAUAAUAAAUAUAAUACAAUUGGUAAUAAGGAAGUACCUAUAAAUGAAUAUCGUUUCUUGGAUAGUCAACGAACAAACGAAGAUAACCAAAUAUAUAAAAAUAGUGAUAAUGUUAUCUAUGAAAAUGUUUAUGAUGAGAGUUUUAUAUUUGAUCGUAAAGUUUGCUCUAAUAAUACCUGCGUGAGUAUUAUUAAUCAGAGUAGUAAUAGUGAUAGUAGGAAAUUAAAUUAUUUUAUAAAAAAUGAAAUAUAUGAUUUUGGAUGUAACCAAAGGAGAGAAGCAAAUCCGAAUAGUGAAAGAUCAUAUGGUAUAAUAUAUAAUGAAAAUGAUAUGAAAAUUAAUUUGGGGAUGUUAUUAAGAAAUGAUAUAUCACUAUUUAAUAGGAGUAGAAAUGUGAACAGGAUAAACGGGAAUACAAAUAAUUGUAACAGGUGUGACGAUAAUAAUGCUGAUAAUAAUGAUGAUAAUAAUGAUGAUAAUAAUAAUGAUGAUAAUAAUAAUGAUGAUAAUAAUAAUGAUGAUGAUGAUAAUAAUAAUCACAAUAGUAACAAUAACAAUAAUAAUAAUAAUCACAAUAGUAACAAUAAUAAUAAUCAUAUAAAUAGAGAUAGAUACAUUAAUCAACAUAACAUUAUUAGCAACGAAUGUAUUAGGCAACAUAUUAAAUAUACAAAUAUAAAUUUUAACAACCAUAAGAAUGGCUCCAUAAACGAAAAUGUAAGAAAUAAAAAUACCAUAACACAAGUGAAUGGACUGAAUUAUAAUACAAAGGAAAAAGAUAAAGAAAAGAUUAAUCAUAGUGAUAACAAUAUACAUACGAAGAAAAUUAUACGAAAUUAUUCAAAUAAUGUGGAUAUGCAUUUUAUGAAUAACAAUAUACAAUUAGAUAAUAAUAAUAAUAAUAAUAAUAAUAAUAAUAAUAAUAAUAAUAAUAAUAACAAUAAUAAUAAUUGUAAUUAUAUUAGAUGGGAAAAUGUUUUUCCAUAUUGUAAUAGUUGUGAAAAUAAAUAUGCUAAUAAAUUUGAAAUAAAUAAUUUUGAUAAUAACAUUAUGAAUAAAUGUGUAAAGUAUGAGUGUAUUUGUUGUGGUAAUAAAAUAAGAAAUGAAGAAAUAUAUAAUAUACUUGGAAAGGUUACUUCUGCAAAUUUAAGCAAUAUAUAUAAAUCCAAUAGAAUAAAUAAUACUGAUAAUAUUUUAAGAUACAAUAGAGAAAAAGAAUGGAUGAGUUCAUUUUUUUUUAAGGAAAAUAAUAAUAGGGAAAUAUACAAAGAAGAAUAUGAUGAAUAUAAAAAUGAUUUUUUUUUGAAUAUAAAAGAAGGAGAAAAAAGUAUGCUUGAUAAUAUAUUCAGAAAUAAUUCCUUUAAAGAAAAAUUAAUAAAUGAAGAAAAUAUAACAAAAACACAUAACAAUGUUUAUGUUAAUAUUUCACAAAAUAAUGACAUAGAAAAAGUGGGAAAGCAACAAGAUUGUAAUAAUUCAUUAUUACAAUUAUCUUUAUAUCGAAUAAAUAAAACGAACAAUAAUAAUAAUGAUAUUAUUAUUCAUAAUAAUUGUAACAUAAACAAUAUCAAUAAUUUAAAUAGUGGUAAUAACACACAUAGUAGCAAUAAUGUUGUAAGCAGGAAUACUAUUGAGAGUAGUAAUUAUAGAAAUGAUAUGUACCUUAACACGAAUGACAGAAUUAUAUUUCAUCAAUAUAAAAAUAGUUGUAUGAUUAAUGAUAAUAAUCGUUAUGAAAUAAAUAAGGAUUAUAAUAAUAAAAGUAUAAAUGAAUGUGAAGCAGAAGAUAUUAAAGACACCAAUGAAGUUAAAGAGAUAUCUAAUGGUGUUUUAUAUAAUUAUUUGAAUGAUAUGAAUGAGAGAUUUUUUUACAAUUAUUUGGAUGAGAAUGAUAAUAAAUAUGAUAGUGAUGUAAGGAGCAAUCAUAUUUCUAGUAACAAAGAUUAUGGUAACAAGGAUUAUGAUAACAAGGAUUAUGAUAAUAAGGAUUAUGAUAACAAGGAUUAUGAUAACAAGGAUUAUGAUAACAAAGAUUAUGAUAACAAGGAUUAUGAUAACAAGGAUUAUUAUAACAAAGAUUAUUAUAACAAAGAUUAUGGUAACAAGGGUUAUGAUAACAAAGAUUAUGAUAACAAAGAUUAUGAUAAAAAAUAUUAUGAUAAAAAAUAUUAUGAUAAAAAAUAUUAUGAUAAAAAAUAUUAUAGUAACAACAAUUAUGAUGAUAAUCAUAAUUGUAGUAAUCAUGUAUAUUAUAAUUAUGAUAGCAUUAUAUCUAGCGAAAAUCAAAUAUAUAAAAAUAUACAAGAAUGUAAAGAUAUCAAUUUAGUAAACGAUAUGAAACUUUACAAACGGGGUACUAUUAAAAAUAAGUAUGAUAAAAUUAUUAAUGACGAUAUGAUGCAGAGUUAUAAAAAUAAAUACAAUAAUAAUAAUUAUUAUAAAGGAAAUGUGGGAAGUUAUUAUGAUAUAAAUAGUGAGUAUUAUAAUAAUGAUAUAAUAAAAUGUAAUGAAAAUAAUAAUGAUAUGAAAGUUGAUUCAAAUAUACUUAAUGAUUUUUUAAAAAAAAGGAAUAGUACGGAAAGUACACUUUUGAUAAAUCAUUAUAAUUAUAAAAUGGGAUCAAUAAAUAAUAAUAAUAAUGAUAGUAGUGAUAAUAAUAAUAAUAAUAAUAAUAAUAAUAAUGAUAGUAGUGAUAAUAAUAAUAAUAAUAAUAAUAAUAAUAAUGAUAGUAGUGAUAAUAAUAAUAAUAAUAAUGAUAGUAGUGAUAAUAAUAUUAAUAAUAAUGAUGAUGAUAAUAAUAAUUAUUAUUAUUAUAACAUAAACAGUGAUCUCUUAUUACAUCAACUAAAUAAUAUCUGUAAUAACAGAAAUAAUAAUAUAUCUUUAGAAAGGCGAUUAAAUUAUUUAAAAGACGCAUUAAUAAAUAAAAAAAAAACAAAACAGACAGGGAAAAAAGAAGUUGAUGAUUUGAGAAAUCUUAAAAGUAAGAGAGAUGUUUUUUCUUAUAUAGAAAAUUGUCUUUUAGAUAACAAUAUUGAAAAGAAUAAAAAUUAUAUAAAAUUGAAAAUUAACGAAAUAGAGGACACUAAAAGGAAUAAUCAACAUUAUAAGAAUUAUGAUAAGUAUAAAAAUAAUUAUGAUUGUAACAAUAAUAAUAAUAAUAAUAAUAAUAAUAAUAAUAAUAAUAAUAAUAAUAAUAAUAAUAAUAAUGUCAUAUUUAAUAUUGAUGAUAAUGCUUGUAAAACGUCUGACAACAGGUCAAGAACGCAACCAUUACAAAACAAAAAUAUAAAUAAAAAUGAAUACAUCAAUUCAAUUAAAAUAUAUGAAAAUAUAAAUGAAAAUUAUAAUGUACUUGUACAGAAUAUAAAUAAUAUAAGAAUUAAAAAUGAAAAAAAUUACCCUGAACAAAAUAGCCAUCGUGAAAAUAAUAAUGACGUAAUUAAUGAUAAUAAUAGUGAUGAUAAUAGAUGUAAUGAUAAUACUCAUUUAAUGAAUGAACUAAAUAAUACAAAUGAGGAAGGCUCAAAUGUUAAAAUAAUUAAUGGUAAUGUAUGUUCGUUCUCUAAUAACAACAUAAAAGAAACAUUCAAAGAUAAAAAAAAGGUACAAGAUAUAUUACAUAUAAAUGGACAAUGUAAACCUUGUGCAUUUUUUUACAAUAAAAAUAAAGGAUGUAGAAAUGGAGAUUCUUGUGAAUUCUGUCAUCAUAUAGAUCAUUCUAACUUAUCAUUAAAACAGUGGAAAAAACAACAGAAAAAAAUGAUGAAAUUAGGUCUUCUAAAUAUUGAAAAACAAAACAAAAUGGGAAAAAUAGAUAUAGCUAAUAAAGAAAAGCAAAAGAAUUCUAUUAAUAUGGAAAAUCUAAAUAAUACGAAUAAUAUUAUUAUUAAUAAUGAAAAUUUUAUAAGAAAAGAUAAUGGUAAGUUGAAUGAAUCAAAUAAUAUAGUAGACUAUACAAGUGAAAGUAACAAUAAUAGUAUAAAUAAAGCCUUGAAUAAUUAUAAUAUUUUUAUAAGUCAACAUAAACUAUAUAAUGAUGUGACUACUACGGAUAAAAAAGAAUUUAAUAAACAAAGUGAUCACAUUUUUAAUAAUUAUCAUAUUGAUGGAUAUAAUGUAGACAAUGUUCGGAGUAGUAAUCAUAUAAGUAAUAACAGCAUAAUAAUUAAUAAGCGAAUGAUAAGUAAUAAUAAAAUUGUUAUUAAUAAUCACCAUAUAAGUAAUAAAAAUAUGAUAUUUAAUAAGAACAUUAUAAGUAAUAACAUUAUUAUGUAUAAUAAAAAGAAAAGUAACAACAGCAGUAGUAGUUGUUGUAUCAACACAAUACAUGGACACAACAACAAUAAUAACGAUUUUGUAUGUAGCAAUAUCUUGAGAAACAUGACUAAUAAAAAGAUAGACUUAAAAGAUAAUAUGAUUUUAAAAAAUAUAUCUACAAAUAAUUGUGAAAUAAAGAAUCUUAAUUCGUGUUCUCUUUUAUCACAUUCAUCUCAUAAUGGUUCAUACAAAACAGAUGAAUUUCUAAAUGUAAAUGAAAAAUAUAGAAUUAAUGAUAUAAAUAUAUUACAUAGUGAUAAUAAGUUUUAUAAUAUUCACACAAAUAAUCAUAAAAGUGAUUUAAAAUGUGUAGGUGGCAAUAUUACAAAUGAUAAAUUCGAAAAAAGUAUCUUAUCGCAAAUUAAAACAAAUGAAAAAGAUAAUAUAAGGCAAAUAAAACAUACUAAUAUUGAGCAGGAUAAUAAAAAAUAUCUUCUUCCUGUUAAUCAUAAUGAAAUAUAUUUAGAAGAGCACAAUAAAAUAAAGAGUGAUAAAAAUGAGACAGAAGAUCAUGAUACAAUACGAAAAAAAAUUAUAUAUAACAUUGAAAAAAAUCUUUUAGAAAAUAGACCUCUAAAUUUUAAUAACGCUCAUGGUUAUAAAAGUAUGAUAAAUAGUAUGAGUACUUUAAAUAUGAAUAAUGUUUCUUAUGAUAAAAUGAAGAUAAUGAGUAUGACUAAAGACAUCGACAAAAAUGUUAUAAAACAAACAAACUUAUUUCCUAAAUUUAUAAGAACUAAUAAUAAUAUAGUACAGGAUUACAUAAAUGUUACUGAUAAUAAUAGUACACGUGAUAUUACAUAUAUUAAUGAUAUAUUAAAGCGGGAACCUUUAAAAGAAAAUGUAAAUUAA